CAUGCAAGCGCCUGAGUCUCGCAUGCAUCGAGAGGCGAUGUUGAACCAGAUGAACACCGGUGUAGCUACGGUGGUUGAUAGCGGCGACCCUGGCAUGCCUCGUCUUGUCUUCAUGCCAAGCGCUUUCGAAAACGGUCCAGGUGAAAGUCGAUUCACCGUCAAGUCUUCCCUAACUCGUGCUCGACGAACAGUCGAGGAGAAUCAACGCUUCCCUCCCCCUGCUUUUGUUCUUGACGAGAGACAACGGCGGAACAAGAAUGUUCUUCGUGAAUAAUGUGCGCACGCGCUUUGUUCAUCAUUGGCAACCAUUUACGUAGAACGGAUCCGUUCAGGAUCAAGCGGGCAUAUUCGGCACAAGGGCAGAUGCGGGGAAGGGCAUUGACGUAUCGGGAUCGCGUGAGCUGUUCGCAUGUGUAGGUGUCGGAUCCGCUCCCUGGCACCAAUAUGAUCCCUUGUACCAUGAGAGUAAC